AUGAUGCGCCUGGGAAGGUGCAUCGCAUUCCUCGCCGCGGCCGCGUUCUUGCUGCCGUUCACGAUUCUGGUGAUGGUCGCAGACCAACAAUACAACUUGACUUACAACUCCAAACGGGUGUUUUACCAAGAGAGCGACUUCUAUAAGUUAAAUGGGACUUAUAACUUGCCAGUAACAACGCCUUUAUACAUGCGAACUCAGGUAAUAAAAUGGUAUUUGCUAAUAAGUCCGUCGCCCUCGAUACGCACCGUCUAAAUCCCAACGGCCCACGACACGACACGGACGAGACAUUUCGAAAAAGGUUGCCAGGAAAAAAGGUUGCAACGCACAUCAGUAACUAUUUCCUUAUAGCAUACCAGUGUUCCUAGAGGUAAUGAAAAUGAUAAACUCAGUGAGAACAAAACAUUUUUUAUAAAUCUAUGCCAGAAGCGUCUUUCUACGCAGAGGCUAAAAAGUUUUUGAUAAGUAGCUAAAGCAAGAAUUUUACUUGCUCUUCGGAAAGUGUAACAAGAUUUGUUGCCAUAUAAAUAAAUUCAUCUCAUUUAUUAAAACUGUCGAGUACCUCUCUUAUCUCAUAGUAUAAUACUUAUAUAAAACCGAAACAAGUGAAACUAAAAUAAAUUAACGUAACGACAAACAAUUAAAAGUAUUUUAUAGUUUCGAUUCGUGUAACACGUCAAUAUUAAAGGUCACAAGGAAACAGGAUUAUUUAUUUUUAAACCAACUUAGCCAUUUUUUUGUUGAAAUCAGUUAACAAGGACAGCGUCAGCGUUGGAGGAAUUUGAGCGUCUCAUAGCAUUACGUUCAAACAAAAGAAUCGUGUCAAUAUUGGUUUUUAUCUAACUUUUUGAAAGGUCCGUUCGUGCUCGUUGUUGCAGUCCGUAAUGUAAACAAAUUUUAAGAUUGACUUCGCUUGGAGGUCACUUCUUUUAUUUAAGUGCCCAAAUAGAGCGAUCACGGUUUGUCUUGAGAUGUGUUUACUAAUAUGGCCGUUCACGCUCCCCAUAAGCUUGAAACCUAACCUGUGAAAAAGUCUAAAGACGACUGACUGUGCACGAAAAUCAAUGUUUUCUAUUGAUGUUAGUAAGAUCUGUAUUUCUGUGUCCAUAGACAAGCACACGCUUUGUAACUAUGUCGUCUCAAUUUGGACGGCAUUGAAUAAUUUAAAAUAAUUGAAUUAUCUGAUUAAUUUUAUCUGAUGAAUUUGAUAUUGUUUUAUAUUAUUUGUCAUAUGUUUUCAUACAAUUUUUUUAACAAAUUACCUUUAUAAAAAGCACAAUGAUAUUUGUAUGAUAUAUUUUUUUAUUUUGGCACAGAUUUUUGUAAGUUGUGAUUGUGACACGGUUGUGAUUAUGAUUCACAUAGAUAGGUGACGCCUAAUUAAGCACUUCAUCCCACGUUACCAUUCAAUGUAUUAUGCGUGUGUGUAACUUCAGUAGGUGUGACCUACGUCAAUUGCUUACACAUUGAGCAUGUGCUUAAGUAAGUCUCCCAUGUUAUUACGAAAUAAAUUCUAAAAUAUAUAUGUAUAUACAUGAUAAUUAACAAGUUAAAAGUUUUCUUUUAUUAAUACAACGACGACUCAAUUGGGAAUAAAAUCCGAAACCUUGAAUUGGUUAAUAUAGCGGCAAACUUCUUGAGCAUAACCACAGACAAAUGAACUUGCGCAGUAAAAGUUUUUAUUUGUAAAAACCGGCCAAAUGCGAAGCCAAGGGAUCCGUAGUUGCCUGUCGUACACACAAUACAUUUGAGCAGUAGUCUUUAAUUUCUGUAUCGGAAAUAAAAAAAAAACAUAAUUAAUAUUAAACUGUAUGUCCCAACUACAACACUACAAACAACUACAAACCUAAAUAAAAAGGUCAAACUGCGUCUCAACUCAAAUUGAAUUCGAUAUUCAAUUGUUAUAUUAUUUAUUUUUAAAUAAGUACGAAUGAUUAUAAUUUCUUUUUGAGCAUGUAUGCUGUUGGUCGCAGUAACCUUUAAAGCGUCACCAGCUUAGGGGACGGCGAGAUCCUAAGGGGACCUCAAGCCGAG